AAGUACGUCUCUGGCUGCCGGGUCGCCUCUUCUUCCCCACCCAAAGAACAACUCCAGCCGCGACAAUUUCGCCCUCAAAACCCUAGGCCGGAGCUCAAGCCUGAAGGCUCAAGCAGAGCAGAGGCCACCGAAUCCAAGGUUCCGCCCGCUCUCCCGCCCUCCGCGCGACCUGGAUCUGACGCGCCUCCCCGUGCCGCCCUCCGCCUCCUACCUCCUCGCGGCGGCGGCCGUACUCGGGCUCCUCGGCGGCCUCCUACUCUAUAUGCUUCCCCGGAAGCGGGGGGUCGACGCCGGCGAGGUCCAGGACUUGCACAACAAGGCCCCCCGACCCGCCUCCCCCUCACCCGACCAGGACAAGGAGGAGCUCCUGGGAGAGAUGGCCGCCAGGGCGCCCGAGAUCGAUGAGGACCUCCACAGCCGCCAGCUCGCCGUCUACGGACGCGAGACCAUGAAGCGCCUCUUCGGCUCCAACGUCCUCGUCUCUGGGCUACAGGGACUCGGCGCUGAGAUUGCAAAGAACCUUGUCCUUGCGGGUGUCAAGUCCGUAACCUUGCAUGAUGAUGGCAAAGUGGACCUAUGGGACCUAUCAAGCAACUUCUUCCUCUCUGAGAAGGACGUUGGUCAAAACCGUGCUCAAGCUUGUGUUCCAAAGCUUCAGGAGCUUAACAAUGCUGUUAUCAUCUCUACCAUAACUGGUGAUUUGACCAAGGAGCAGCUUUCUAACUUUCAGGCCGUGGUGUUUACUGAUAUCAGCAUAGAAAAAGCUGUUGAAUUUGAUGAUUACUGUCAUAGCCAUCAACCACCAAUUGCUUUCAUUAAGUCGGAAGUUCGUGGUCUUUUCGGCAGUGUUUUCUGUGAUUUUGGUCCUGAGUUUACUGUUUUGGAUGUUGAUGGUGAGGAGCCACAUACAGGAAUCGUGGCAUCAAUCAGCAAUGACAACCCAGCACUUGUUUCUUGUGUGGACGAUGAGCGUCUGGAGUUCCAGGAUGGUGAUCUAGUUGUUUUCUCUGAAGUGCACGGAAUGACUGAGCUCAACGAUGGAAAACCAAGAAAGAUUAAGAGUGCUAGGCCUUAUUCUUUUACUCUAGAAGAAGACACCACCUCAUAUGGCACUUACAUUAGAGGUGGUAUUGUCACACAAGUGAAGCCACCCAAAGUUCUUAAAUUCAAAACCUUGAAGGAGGCAAUCAAGGAGCCAGGAGAAUUUCUCAUGAGUGAUUUCUCCAAGUUUGACCGCCCACCUCUUUUGCAUUUGGCCUUCCAAGCUCUUGACAAGUUUAGGGCUGAGUUGCUGCGAUUCCCUAUUGCUGGUUCGGCUGACGAUGCAAAAAAGCUGAUAGAUUUUGCUAUGAGUAUUAAUGAAAGCCUCGGUGAUAGUAAGCUUGAAGAAAUUGACAAAAAGCUUCUGCAGCAUUUCGCUAGUGGUUCCAGGGCUGUUUUGAAUCCUAUGGCUGCAAUGUUUGGUGGUAUUGUAGGUCAGGAGGUUGUUAAAGCAUGCUCAGGAAAAUUCCACCCGCUUUACCAGUUCUUCUACUUUGAUUCUGUUGAAUCUCUGCCAGUUGAACCAUUGGAGCCCAGUGAUUUGAAGCCUGAAAAUAGUAGAUAUGAUGCACAAAUUAGUGUAUUUGGGGCUAAGCUUCAAAAGAAACUGGAGCAGUCAAAAAUCUUCAUGGUUGGUUCUGGGGCUCUUGGAUGUGAAUUCUUGAAGAACCUUGCAUUAAUGGGCAUUUCUUGCAGUGAGAAUGGGAAACUGACAGUGACAGAUGACGAUGUUAUAGAAAAGAGCAAUCUCAGUCGCCAGUUUCUCUUCCGUGACUGGAACAUUGGGCAGCCCAAGUCCACGGUUGCUGCUACUGCUGCUAUGGCAAUUAAUCCUAAGCUUCAUGUUGAGGCCCUUCAGAACAGGGCAAGUCCUGAGACUGAAAAUGUGUUUAAUGAUGCCUUUUGGGAGAGCUUGGAUGCUGUUGUCAAUGCCUUGGACAAUGUUACUGCAAGAAUGUACAUUGACUCCAGAUGUGUAUAUUUCCAGAAACCACUUCUUGAAUCGGGGACUCUGGGUGCUAAGUGCAAUACACAGAUGGUCAUUCCCCACCUAACAGAAAACUACGGGGCAUCCAGAGAUCCACCAGAAAAGCAGGCACCUAUGUGCACUGUGCAUUCAUUUCCUCAUAAUAUUGAUCACUGCCUAACGUGGGCAAGGUCUGAGUUUGAGGGUCUACUUGAGAAGACUCCCACUGAAGUAAAUGCGUUCCUGUCGAAUCCUAGUGGAUAUGCUACUGCUGCAAGAACUGCUGGUGAUGCACAGGCUAGGGAUCAACUUGAGCGAGUUAUUGAAUGCCUUGACAGAGACAAGUGCGAGACAUUCCAAGAUUGUAUUACCUGGGCUCGUCUUAAGUUUGAGGAUUAUUUUGCCAACCGUGUGAAGCAGCUGACGUUCACCUUCCCUGAAGACGCGAUGACAAGCUCUGGUGCUCCUUUCUGGUCUGCUCCUAAGCGGUUCCCACGACCUCUGGAGUUCUCAUCUGCUGACCCAAGUCACCUCAACUUUUUGUUGGCUGCCUCAAUACUAAGGGCGGAGACAUUUGGAAUACCCAUACCUGAUUGGGCCAAAAACCCAAAGAAACUGGCUGAAGCUGUUGACAAGGUCAUUGUACCUGAUUUCCAACCAAGACAGGGGGUUAAGAUAGAGACAGAUGAGAAGGCUACUAGCCUAUCCUCUGCUUCUGUUGAUGAUGCUGCCGUCAUUGAAGAGCUUAUUGCAAAGUUGGAAUCAAUUAACAAAACAUUGCCGUCAGGAUUCCACAUGAACCCCAUACAGUUUGAGAAGGAUGAUGACACCAAUUUCCAUAUGGACUUGAUAGCUGGCUUUGCUAACAUGCGGGCAAGGAACUACAGCAUCCCUGAAGUUGACAAGCUGAAGGCAAAGUUCAUAGCAGGAAGGAUCAUCCCAGCCAUCGCCACCUCGACUGCAAUGGCCACUGGUCUUGUCUGCCUGGAGCUUUACAAAGUCCUUGCUGGUGGGCACAAGGUUGAAGACUACCGCAACACAUUUGCGAACCUCGCAAUCCCCCUCUUCUCCAUGGCGGAGCCUGUUCCACCUAAGACCAUCAAGCACCAAGACAUGUCCUGGACCGUGUGGGACCGCUGGACCAUAACCGGCAACAUCACGCUGAGGGAGCUCCUGGAGUGGCUCAAGGAGAAGGGCUUGAACGCGUACAGCAUAUCUUGUGGGACCUCACUGCUGUACAACUCCAUGUUCCCGAGGCACAAGGAGCGGCUGGACAAGAAGGUGGUUGAUGUGGCCAGGGAGGUGGCCAAGGUGGAGGUGCCCUCGUACCGGCGCCAUCUGGAUGUCGUGGUGGCCUGUGAGGACGAUGAUGACAAUGAUGUGGACAUCCCUCUUGUGUCUAUUUACUUCCGGUGAAGAGUUUUUAUGAUCCUGGGCGAUAUUUGCCAGGACAGAGUGUUAUAAGUUGUUGCAUGAGCGACUGUGGACUAGGUUGUUGGGUUUAAGCCACAUACUGCUGAUUCCCAUGCUACCAUCUGGGUAGAGUUGGUUGAGAAUUCUCACGGAGAUUGGUGUCACCGUUAUGAAAUUUUUAAGCAUAACAUCGUGAUAGUUAAUGCAUGGUGCUGUUAUCACUAAAUAUUGCCAUCUUAGUACA